AUCAGCAUACUGUACAUGGAUCACGGGCACCUACAGCAAAUAGGGAAAUUCCGUAACUAAAAGGGAAUUUUUGAGGGUGCAUCAGGGAAAUUUGGCUGAGGAGACAUGACAACACGCCAGGUGCACCAGAACCAAGGAAAAGGAAUUAAACAAUGGCACUACGUGGAGUACGAGUAGUGGAGAUGGCAGGGUUAGCCCCUGCCCCUUUCUGUGGAAUGAUCAUGGCAGAUUUUGGUGCCAGUGUCAUCAGAAUAGAUAAGCCAAAUGCACCAGAUAUAGAUAGUUUAGGUCGUGGGAAACGCUCGAUCAUUGUGGAUGUGAAGAAGCCAGAAGGAAGAAACAUUGUGAAGAAAUUAUGUUCCAAUUCUGAUGUGCUGAUUGAACCAUUUAGAAGAGGUGUCAUGGAAAAGAUAGGUUUGGGGCCAAAGGAACUCAAGGAGGACAAUUCCAGACUUAUUUAUGCCAGACUAACUGGUUUUGGGCAGUCUGGACCCUAUGCUGACAUGGCUGGACACGACAUUAAUUUUGUUGCAAUUUCAGGGUUGCUAUCAAUGCUUGGACGUAAGGAAGGCCCACCAACUCCACCUAUCAACUUGCUGGCAGACUUUGCUGGUGGAGGUCUCAUGUGUGCACUAGGCAUCACUUUAGCCUUGUUUGAACGUUCAAAAUCUGAUCAAGGCCAAGUCAUUGAUGCAAAUAUGGUAGACGGUGCAGCAUAUACAGGGUCAUGGCUGUAUUCAUCUCGUGAUAUGCCGCUUUGGUGUAAACCUCGUGGGAGGAAUUGGCUAGAUUCUGGUGCCCAUUUCUAUGAUACUUAUGAGACAAGUGAUGGACGCUACAUGGCUGUGGGAGCUGUUGAACCCUAGUUUUAUCAUCAGUUUAUCUCACUCCUUGGUCUUAGCAUUGAUGAAGUGGGACAUUUUGAUGACUUUGAUGCAAUGAAAAAAAUCAUUGGAGAUAGAUUCAAAGAAAAGACUCAAGAUGAAUGGACCAAGGUAUUUGAUGGAAAGGAUGCUUGUGUUACUUCAGUGCUUACACUAGAUGAAGCACCUCUUCAUCCACACAAUGCAGAACGUGGAAGCUUUGUACCAUCUUCAAUAAAAACUGGACGGUUUGAGCCAGCUCCCGCUCCCAAGCUCUCUCGCACACCAGGCAUAGUUACAGCAGAAACAAAGUUUCCUAGGGCUGGUCAGCAUACAGUAGAAGUCCUAACUGAAUUAGGGUACAGUCAGCAAGCAAUUGAUCAAUUGCUUCUCCAUAAAAUUGCCAAAACAGAUACCGGUAAAGAAAAAGCUCGCUUGUAACUUUGGAUCAAAAGGUAAAUACUUUACAGUAGUUUUUUGGUUUACAUAGGGGAUUUGGUCUGUUAAGAUAUGUACGGUAAAUAAUUAACCUCAUUGAAAAAUAAAUUUGUUUCGCUAAAAAAAAAUAUUUACGGUACUUGUCAGCAACUCCCUCUUUCCCUCUCUCACACACACACACACACACACACACACACACACACACACACACCAACUCGCUCCCACAACCCAAACAUCUACUGAGAACAUUUCUUUGAGUUAUAUUGUAUAACUUUACUAAAUACAUACACAAAACUCUGUAGGGUAUUGUACUUAAUGAAUGUAAGAAGGCAUGCUAGGUGCAACAGAAGCUCCUCUUUUAUCCUCAGACCUCUUUACUGUUCUAAUUAUCAGUUCAUUAACUCCCUAAUCACAGCCUGAAUUCACAAUGAUUUCUCCACCUUGAAGUUUAUCUAACAUAUCCAAGUUUAUCACACAAAGUUAAUUAAUGCAAGACUAGCACUGGCCCUGUACUGAAGAGAUAUUUUUACAAGUAAUCCCAAAACAAGUCAAAAAACAAACAAUCAUGAUGCUUUUUCUGGAGGUAAUCUAAUGUGGGAAUGUAAAGUUCCAGCCACAUAAUAUAGAGACACUGCCAUAGCUCCUGGCUGAUGAGUAAAAGUUGGGGGAGGGGAGUGGUAGCAGUAGAGGGUAGGGGGGCAACUG